UGCAUACACUUUGCAAUGACGCUAGAUACAGUAUUAUCGUAGACUAUGUUUUGUUUACAUUUGAGAGCCAUCAGUAACAACAAGCAGAAAAAUGACUGAUGUGUUGAGAGAAAGGAGAGAACGGUCCCAAAAACGGAAACAGUUGCUGGCGCAGACAUUUGGUGUCUCGAAUGUAGACGAACUCCGACAAGCCCUUGGUACUUCAAUUGAACCUAAACCAAAGAAAGUUCCUAAGGAGGAAAAGCAAGUAGAGGAAAACGUUCAGGAAAAAGUAGUUACAGAAGACUCAACAACAGAUGAACUGGUAUACACCGAUUCUUCAACAUUCCUGAAGGGUACUCAGUCAUCUAAUCCACAUAAUGAUUACUGCCAGCAUUUUGUGGACACAGGUCAGAGACCACAGAACUUCAUCAGAGAUGUAGGACUGGCUGAUAGGUUUGAGGAAUAUCCCAAGCUGAGAGAGCUCAUCAAAUUGAAAGACGAUUUGAUAGCAAAGACAGCAUCUCCGCCAAUGUAUCUGAAAACAGAUCUCCAGACAUUUGAUAUGAAGGAACUGAACAGCAAAUUUGAUGUGAUUCUUGUAGAGCCACCACUGGAAGAAUAUCAGAGGACCAUGGGUGUUACCAAUAUGCAGUUCUGGGGAUGGGAUCAGAUAAUGCAGCUUGAUGUUGGAGAAGUAGCAGCUGCACGCAGUUUUGUUUUUCUUUGGUGUGGAUCUUCUGAAGGUUUGGACAUGGGCAGAGUUUGCCUACGAAAGUGGGGAUUUCGUCGGUGUGAGGACAUUUGUUGGAUCCGUACAAAUAUUAAUAAUCCAUCACACUCAAAAAAUUUAGAACCAAAGGCUGUUUUCCAGAGAACAAAGGAGCACUGUCUGAUGGGAAUCAAAGGAACUGUUCGGCGAUCCACCGAUGGAGAUUUUAUUCAUGCAAAUGUGGAUAUUGAUCUAAUCAUCUCUGAGGAGCCAGAAUAUGGGUCCUUGGAAAAACCUGUUGAAAUAUUCCAUAUUAUUGAACACUUCUGUUUGGGAAGUAGAAGGUUGCAUGUCUUUGGACGAGACAGUACAAUCAGACCAGGUUGGCUUACAAUAGGGCCUGAAUUGACUAACAGUAAUUUUAAUGCUGAGUUAUAUGCUAGUUAUUUUGCCAAUGGACAGACAACAACAGGCUGUACAGAAAGAAUAGAAGCACUGAGACCAAAAUCCCCUCCACCAAAAGGCAAAGGAUCGUCUGGUGGACGAGGCAGAGGAGGGCCAUCUAGGGGUGGUUUCUCACGGGGUCGGGGCAGGGGUAGAUAAUAAUAUUUGUGUUUAUACCAUUUCUCAUAUAAUAACAAUGUGUGUGCCACACAGAGAUCAGAAAUGAAACAUACCAGGAAAUAUUGAAAACUGUGAACUAGAUGAAUGUGUGAUGUUAAGUUUUAAUUAUUAAUUUGCAAUGUAUAAUACUUUAUUAAUGUGCAUAUAUCCUAAACCAAGAUUUAACUGCCCACAUGACUUGUAGUAAAUACAAGUGAGAUUUUAACAUGGAUUUCAUGUGUUGCAGAUAUUUGACAAAUUUAAUAAUUUUGUGAAUUUCUGCUUUAGUACAUAAUUUUAUAAUGAUCUUCCUAAAGACUUAUUGUAAAUUAUUUUAUGAUUAACUUUCUAUGAAAGAUGAUGUGUUAUAAAACUGGUGUAUAACCUCUUGUCUGAAAUAUAACUAGCAUUGAAAUCGACAUGAGAGACAGGAUAAGUAAUUAAACUUCUUGCAGUGAACACAUGGUGUGUCGUGGUGUGAUCACUCUGUUUUUAAAUACCAUAUGGUUUUAUUAAUGUUAAUCCACAUUUCAGAUCUGAUGAU